UUUAUUGACUCAAGUUGUUUUUGUUUUCCUCUUUAGGGCUCAGCAGCCGGUGGGAGGAGACACCGACAUCCUGCAGCCUGUCCUCACCCCUGCAUCCAGCUGUAGCCAAACCAACAUCCUCAUCUCUUUAAUAAUUAGUAGCUUCUUAAUGGUGAUUUGUUUCAUUUUAAUUCAUCAUUAGGCCUUGGAGCUAUUUAAUCUUUUGCAUCUACCUAAGUGCUGGUGCAGUGCUUUUUAUUAAAAGCUAUUGACAACAGAUCCCAUCCUGAUCUGCAAAAACCGACACAUCCUCACAACAACAUCCGGUAGACGGAGUUGACCAAAUACGAGUUCAGGAUGGUUGAGUCAGAGAUUGUCGCCACGGGCAUGGCCGCCAAGCUCCGGAGCCAGUGGGAUCGAGACGAUGGUCUGGGACAGAACUACAAAGCAGUGAAGUUUCUGGGUCAGGAUUACGAGUCCCUCAAAGCCCGGUGCCUCCAGUGCAGGAAGCUGUUUGAGGAUGACCUUUUUCCUGCUAGUGCGACAUCUCUGGGAUUCAACGAGCUCGGCCCCAGGUCCUCCAAGACCUACGGAGUCCGCUGGAUGAGGCCUACGGAGAUCUGCAGACAGCCGGAGUUCAUCGUGGGCGGAGCUACUCGUACCGACAUCUGUCAGGGAGCUCUGGGGGACUGCUGGCUGUUGGCAGCCAUCGCCUCGCUGACCUUAAAUGAAGACCUCCUCCACAGAGUGGUUCCUCAUGGACAAGACUUCCAGCAUGGAUACGCUGGCAUCUUCCACUUCCAGUUCUGGCAGUUUGGCGAGUGGGUGGAUGUGGUGAUAGACGACCGGCUGCCAGUGAAGGACGGGAAGCUGCUGUUCGUCCACUCGGCAGAGGGAACCGAGUUCUGGAGUGCUCUGGUGGAGAAGGCCUAUGCCAAACUGAACGGCUGCUACGAGGCUCUGUCAGGUGGCAGCACAUCAGAGGGCUUUGAGGACUUCACAGGCGGCGUGACGGAGAUGUACGACCUGCAAAAGGCUCCGUCAGACCUCCACAGCAUCAUUCGCAGAGCCGUGGAGAGAGGAUCGCUGCUCGGCUGCUCCAUUGACAUCACCAGCACAACCGACAUGGAGGCCGUCACAUUUAAGAAGCUGGUCAAGGGACACGCCUACUCUGUGACUGGUGUGGACGAGGUGGUUUACAGAGGAACUCCUACAAAGCUGAUCCGGGUCAGGAACCCAUGGGGGGAGGUGGAAUGGACCGGGUCCUGGAGUGAUAACUCCAGAGAGUGGGACAGUGUGGACAGCUCCACCAGAAGUCGGCUGCAAAACCGCAGUGAAGACGGAGAAUUCUGGAUGGCCUUCAACGAAUUCCUGCGAGAGUUCAGUCGUCUGGAGAUCUGUAAUCUGACCGCAGACGCCCUGCAGAACACCCAGAUAAAGAAAUGGUCUACAUCGCUCUUUCAGGGGGAGUGGAGGCGAGGCAGCACUGCUGGAGGCUGCCGUAAUUACCCAGCUUCGUUUUGGCUGAAUCCUCAGUUUAAGAUCAACCUGCAGAACCCGGACACGCCUGGCAAGCGAGACUGCAGCUUCUUGGUUGCACUCAUGCAAAAGGACCGCAGGAAGAAGCGACGGGAGGGCGAAGACAUGGAGACCAUUGGGUUUGCUUUGUAUGAGGUCCCAAAUGAGUUCUUGGGGCAAACAGGGGUCCACCUGAAGAAAGACUUUUUCCUCACUCACGGCUCCAGUGCUCGUUCCGAGCAGUUCAUCAACCUGAGGGAGGUCAGCUCACGGCUGAAGCUGCCCGUCGGGGAGUACAUCGUUGUCCCCUCCACGUUUGAGCCCCACAAAGACGGCGACUUUGUCCUCAGGGUGUUCUCCGAAAAGCCUGCAACCUCAGAGGUGCUUGAUGACAAUAUUGCUGCAAAUCUUCCACCAGAGGAAAAACUGGACGAGAGUCAGAUCGACGCAGCCUUCAAGAAUCUCUUUAGACAGCUAGCCGGAGCAGACAUGGAGAUCAGCCUCAAAGAGCUGCAGACUAUACUGAACAGGAUCAUCGGCAAACAUAAGGACCUGAAGACGGACGGCUUCAGUAAAGAGUCUUGUCGCAGCAUGAUAAACCUCAUGGACACGGAUGGCAGUGGGAAGCUUGGGCUGACAGAGUUCCAUGUUCUUUGGGAGAAGAUCAAACGAUACUUGACAAUAUUCAGGCAGUUUGACUUGGACAAAUCGGGCACCAUGAGCUCCUACGAGAUGAGGAUGGCUCUUGAAUCUGCAGGCUUUAAACUCGACAACCGCCUGUUCCAGCUGAUCAUUUUGCGCUACACUGAAGAGGACAUGGCUGUGGACUUCGACAACUUUGUCACCUGCCUGGUCCGACUGGAGACCAUGUUCAAAACGUUUAAGACCAUGGACACAGAUGCAGAUGGUCAAAUAUCCCUCGACUUCUUCCAGUGGAUCACCCUGACCAUGUUUGCCUAGAGAUCCUGCUGCAGCUCUGGGCCCAGUAGUUUCAGAAGUGCCUUCUCUCCACCAGCUCCUCCUCUGCUCUGACACUCUCUUUUAAACAUUGGGUACAUUGGUCUGUUGCCUGUACUGGAAGAGAAUUAGCCAGAUGUUUAUUUGUAGCUUGAUUUGCCAAACGACCUUUAGCCCGACUGUCCGCUCUGUGCUGUGUUCUUCAUCGAUGCGAUCUGUUUUAUCCGUACAGAGCGUUACUGGGAAACGGGCCUAUUGGUUUAGUUAUAGUGGGUGGAGGCGAUCAGUUAUGACAGAUUUUACUAAAUGUUUUAUAUUUUUAUAAACGGGAUUUUAUAACUUAGCUGUAUUUGAUUGGUGAAAGGUGAAACGAGGACAAUGCGUUGCAUCAAAAUGUACUUUAAAAAAUCAGUUUCUCGAGCAGUUUGGUUAAAGCCAUUUGGUUUUAGCCUCCAAACAUCAGCACAAGCUUAGUUUUACACAUUUUUUUCAUAUUUUUGGAUGGUGUUGCACAACUUAUAGGUUUAGGGUUCUCCAGAGAAUAAACGGGCUCAUUAUUAUUUGAAUGCACUAAUUUAGUAACUGAAGAGGGUUCUACAAUUUCACGUUUUAUGUUCUAAACCUAAUGUUCACUCCUAUAUUCACUUGUACCACACAUCUUCCUACUUUCACUCUCAAGCACGGCUCAACAAUCAGAAUAAGUCACCUUGGGUCUUUAUUUCUAAAGGUUUCAGAUUCACUUCAAAAGAUUCUUCUCGUAAUUAAAAUCGGCAUUUUAGGGAGGAUUUGUUUGCUUGUUGGUAACCUGGUGAAAUGUGGCUUCAUGCAGCAACAACAAACCAGACGUACAUUAAUUAGGACGCAGUGUUAAUUCAUGAGUCAGGGUCCGUUUGAAGCUUCAACGACCAGUUGGGUAAAACAAGUCUCCUUGUUUUACUCGCAGGUCUAAAAGUCCAACCUGCCAAAAUAUUCCACCAAGUUUGAUUGGUUUAUUUUUAUUUUCUUAUACUGGCGUUGGAAUAAAAUCAGUUGGCUACUCGGCUCAUACGGCGUUCACCAGAAACCGUACAUUCUACCAACACCUUGUUUCUUCUUAUCCUUUAAUAACCAUAUAAUUAGUUUUUUAGGAUUUAGUCGCCACCGUUCACCAAUGUUAAAGGAUUCUCUAAAGUGUGUUUCUGGGAAUUUGUUCUCAACAGUUAACAUCACGCCUGCAGUAAAAAGCAGUCAGAGCGGAGAGUCUGAGAUACUCUCACGAGGAUUCGACGGACGUCUCGUCAGAUUGAGACUUAAAAUAGCUCAUUUUUUUUCCCCCCAAGCAAAACUUUUAUUGUAAUUCUCUGAAGACUGACCAUGUUGUACCAGAAUUUUAUUACAUACGGUGUAAAACAGGCGCAAACGUUGCUAAACUAUUACAUUGAUGGUCUGAUUAAAGAGAAUGUCCUCAGAUUAGCUGUUAGCUUGACUUCCCCAUAAGUGUUACUCAUGUUUUCAUCAACUGAGAUUAUUUUGUCUGCUUGUGUUGCAAAAUUUUGUCUGCAGGUAAGAUACUAUUUAACCCCCCCCCCCCCCCCUCAAUAAAUCCCAACAGUUUUAUCAGUUUAUUCAGCUGCUUAUGCAUCAAUACAGUAGAUGACACUAGUCACCUGUACCUUAAUUUAAAACCAAAUUAAUUUUAGUGUUUGUGUGUGUGUAUUCUAGACCCUUCUGCACUGAUAAACUUAAUAAUAUGCCUGUAUGGUGCAGCGGUUCUUCUAUACCAGAUUAACCUGUUUUCAUUAGAAGUAAAACGCCAGACUUUGCUUCUUCUCUCAGACGUGAGGUCUCUGAGGAAGCGACUGGGUUGGACUGGUUUUUGUGACUUUGGAUAUAAAAGGGGACAGAAACUUUAAAAUCAUGUCCUUGCCUUCCAUCUUUCAACAAAUGUGCUUAAAUAUCUUUGCUAGCCUUUAACGUUUCCAUUCAGCAUUCAUGAAACCUUACUGGGCUCUGCGGUUUGUGCAGACAAAGGUUUUGCACUGUAUGAUAAAGAAUGUGUUUACUUCUAUAUACCAGUGCUGUUUAGCUUCAUAUGUGAACUGCUCGAUGUUGUUCAAGGCAUUUUAGACUGUUCUAAAAUGUUGGGAGGAGAUGAUACCUUUAUUUGUCCCACCUUGGUAAUGGUUUUAUUUUUAUUUUAAAACAGGAUGUCUGUUUGGUUUUUAACCUUCCAAAGAUGAGAUUACAACCUUUUAAGGUGAAUAUGAACAAUUAUGCAAAGUAAAUGAAUGUUAUAUGCAUGUGGUGUUAAAUGUGAUCUGCCAAAUUUAUACUUUUUAAAGGGUAUGGGUCAUUUUCCAGCAUUUAAGUGUUUCAUUUAUACAAUAAAGGUUUUUUUGUAUUUUGCAAAAGAAGAAAUAGCAUUUGCACCAUGUUUUCACAAAACAACCUUUUUAUAUUGUAUCCUGCUUUGACAUCUUUGGGUUUUUUGCAGCGUAAUGCUUAUGCAAUGUUUAAAGUUUACAGGGGCGAUAAUCCGGGUCCCUUUGAACCCAUCGAUCAUGCAGCAGAUUGGUUUACGGUGCAACUUUCUCUAAAACCUCUGUACACUCUUUCAUAAUAAACCUGGGGGAGGUUUGCACAAGCCUCUGAUUUUCUCAUCA